ACAAGGUCUCUUGCUGUUACAAAGAUAAGAUACACCAUUUAAAGUGUUACUAAACCCCGGACCCUGGGAGAGCGGAUAUAGCGAAUGUAGGGUCUGGGGAGAGCGGAUAUAGUGAAUGCAGGGUCCGGGGAGACCAGAUAUAGUGAAUGCAGGGUCCGGGGAGAGCAGAUAUAGUGAAUGCAGGGUCCGGGGAGAGCGGAUAUAGUGAAUGCAGGGUCCGGGGAGAGCAGAUAUAGUGAAUGCAGGGGUCCGGGGAGACCAGAUAUAGCGAAUGCAGGGUCCGGGGCUUGCAGAUAUAGUGAAUGCAGGGUCAGGGGCUUGCAGAUAUAUGAAUGUAGGGUCUGGGGAGACCGAAUAUAGUGAAUG